AGCUAGGCAAGCGGUUUAGUUCGGUGUUGGUUCACCGAAAAGAUUCGAUCGUGUGUAUUCGUGAACAGUAUAUAUAUAUAAGGAAUCAUGUCGGCGACCGAACCAGAAAUGAUAGCUGGAUCCGUUGCCGCCGCGGCGUCUACUGGUCUAUCGGCGACCACCGUUUUCCUGUCUCUCUUGGUACCGGCUUUGAUUCUGUACUACGUCUACUUCAGGAUUUCACGCCGUCACAUGAUCGAGCUGGCGGAAAAAAUACCGGGUCCGGAAGGCGUACCGCUGAUUGGAAAUGCGCUACAGAUGCUAGGAAGUUCAGACACCAUGUUUCGUAACAUGUACAGAACGUCCUUCGAGUACGACCAGAUCAUCAAGCUCUGGCUCGGGCCGAAAUUGCUGAUCUUCCUGAUGGACCCGCGCGACGUCGAGAUCAUCCUCUCGAGCCACGUCUACAUCGACAAGUCCACGGAGUAUCGGUUCUUCGAGCCUUGGCUCGGAAACGGUCUGCUUAUCUCUACCGGUCCGAAAUGGCGCGCCCAUCGCAAAUUGAUCGCGCCGACGUUUCACUUAAACGUGCUCAAGAGUUUUAUCGACCUCUUUAACGCCAAUUCGCGCGCGGUGGUGGAACGGAUGCGUAAGGAGGACGACAAGGAAUUCGACUGCCACGACUACAUGUCCGAGUGCACCGUCGAGAUCCUCCUCGAGACCGCCAUGGGUGUCUCCAAGUCCACGCAGGACCGAAGCGGCUUCGAGUAUGCCAUGGCUGUUAUGAAGAUGUGCGACAUUCUCCAUCUGCGCCACACGAAGCUCUGGCUCAGACCAGACUGGUUGUUCAACCUCUCGAAGUACGGGAAAGAUCAGAACCGUUUGUUGGAUAUCAUUCACGGGCUCACGAAGAAGGUCAUCGCGCGUAAGAAGCAGGAGUUCAAGAGCGGCAAGCGCAAUAUUAUCGAGGAGUCCAUGCAAAAUGGCAAUGCCAAUACUAAAAACACCUCUGUGGAAGGACUUUCCUUCGGGCAGGCGGCCGGCCUGAAAGACGACCUCGACGUGGACGAUAACGACGUCGGCGAGAAGAAGAGACAAGCCUUCCUCGAUCUGUUGAUGGAGGCCGGUCAGAACGGUACCGUCCUGACAGACGAGGAGGUCAAGGAACAGGUCGACACUAUCAUGUUCGAGGGACACGACACGACCGCGGCUGCGUCCAGCUUCUUCCUGUCGGUGAUGGGCUGCCAUCCGGAAAUUCAGGAAAAAGUCAUCCAGGAACUCGACGAAAUCUUCGGCGACAGCGACCGGCCCGCGACCUUCCAGGACACGCUGGAGAUGAAGUACCUCGAGCGAUGCCUCAUGGAGACCCUUCGCAUGUACCCGCCCGUGCCCAUCAUCGCGCGUAAGAUCAACACCGACUUGAAACUCGCGUCGGGAGACUACACGGUCCCGGCUGGGGCCACGGUGAUAGUGACGACCUUCAAGAUGCACCGGCAGCCGCACAUCUAUCCGAAUCCGGAUGUGUUCAACCCCGACAACUUCCUGCCGGAGAAGACCGCCAAUCGGCACUACUACGCCUUCGUGCCGUUCUCGGCCGGGCCGCGUUCCUGCGUCGGCCGCAAAUACGCCAUGCUCAAGCUGAAGAUCAUCCUGUCCACGAUCAUGAGGAACUUCCACGUCAAGUCGGACAUCAAGGAGGUCGACUUCAGGCUCCAGGCCGACAUUAUCCUCAAGCGCGCGGAGGGCUUCAAGAUCAGGCUGGAGCCGAGGAAGCGGGCGGCCGCCGCCACCGCCUAAAACGGCGUUCCUCGAUCCUUCGUUUUUUUUUUUGCGUUGGGUGAUUGGGUAGGAGGAGGACGAGGCGAGCCGCGAAUUUCGAGUCUGGAUCUCGCGGUGGCUUUUUCGAGGAGUCGCGUCUCGUGCGCGCGCGCACGUAACAACAAACGCCGCCGCGUGUAGUUCUUAGAACAUAUAUUACUGGAAGGAGAAUUGAGUGCUGAACGUCUCUUCGUUCAUCACAGAAGCCAACAUCUGUGCGAGAGAGAAAGGUAUAGAUUGUCAAUUGAU